AUGGCGACUUUACCGCGAAUGUACCGCGCCACACUACGCCAAUUCGUAGCCAACGUCAGUUCCUCUCGGCCUAGACUCGGCUCUUCCAACGGUUUGAAUUGACCCGAUUGAGCUCCGACCGGCAUGUUUCACCACUACUGCGUCAUCUUCCAAUCGGAUUUUCAGUCUAUUCACCCGCGCGUCGAACGAUCAGCGUCGAUCCCACAACACCUGCGUCUCAUCUUUGACGAAGCCAAGUCGCUGAGCCGGGGUUCGAAAGAGGCCAAGGCUUUUGAGCGACAGGUCGAGGACAUGGUCAUCUUUCUCCAAGCCCAUCGGUCCCACAAGGUAUGUACAUGGAGGGCGCAAUUUAGGUUCUUCCGGGAGGUGCGCUAUCCUUUCAACUGGUACGCUGAUGCUGACGCUGCUUCUGCCUCUGCUGCGGCUUCUGCGCUCCCCUGACCCCCUCCAGGCGCUCGUCGAACGGUACAACCCAUCUUCGGGUAUGACCGAGGACGAAAAGGCACACAAGUCGGCGCGAAUGGUCGGACUCGAGUUCCCCGAGGCGUUCGAAGCCGGUGUUGAACCGACGAUGGAACGACAAAAGGCCAAGCAGAUUGAAAAGAGGGAACAGCAGGCCAAAGCACAACAGUAG